ACUCUCCAAGUGUCUUAUAUAUAUAGACGCUGCAUCGGCGCUGCUAGUAACGAGGAAACAGGGGAGGAACAUAAAUCGCGAGAGAUGACGAAGCUUCAUCUUUUUCUUCUCGCCAUCGCAUUCCUUUCCUCGCUGCAGAAUCCAGCAGUCCUCGCAACCAAGAAGGCUUAUAUUGUGUACCUCGGCGGGCACUCUCAUGGCGCCAAUCCCACCCCUGCAGACUUCGAGAGUGCAACUCAGUCUCAUUAUCAGCUCUUGGGAUCCACUUUUGGAAGCGAGGAACUGGCUCGCUCUGCAAUCUUCUACUCCUACACGAAACAUAUCAAUGGCUUUGCUGCAAUGUUGGAAGAGGAAGAAGCGACGCUGAUCUCCGAGCAUCCCGAUGUCAUAUCGGUGUUCGAGAACACCAUGAAGACGUUGCACACGACCAGAUCAUGGGAUGUCAUGGGCGGAUUCUUGAACAGGCAGGGGAAGGCGCACCCCGAAUCUAUUUGGGCCAAAGCCAACUAUGGCGACGACGUCAUUAUAGCCAAUUUCGACACAGGUGUGUGGCCUGAAUCCGACAGCUUUGAUGACAAAGGAUACGGGCCGGUUCCGAAGAGAUGGAGAGGGAUCUGCCAGAACAGCACGAAGCACAGCUUUCACUGCAACAGGAAGCUGAUUGGUGCCCGGUUCUAUGACUUGUCCCAUCAGGCCAACAGUGCAUCGCCGCCGGUAGAGUACUCUCCCCGCGAUAGCGAGGGCCACGGCACCCACACGCUCUCCACGGCCGCCGGGGGGAUCGUCCGCGGCGCAAACAUCUACGGCGAAGCCAACGGCACUGCCAGAGGUGGCUCGCCCCAUGCGAGGGUCGCCGCCUACAAGGUGUGCUGGGGGCUCUGCGCCGAUGCCAACAUUCUUGCUGCCUUCGAUGACGCCAUACACGACGGCGUCGACGUCAUCUCGUUGUCGGUAGGUGGUCUUCCGUAUGAGUACCUCUUCGACUCCAUCGCCUUGGGGUCGUUCCAUGCAGUGCAGCGAGGAAUCACCGUCGUGUGCUCCGCCGGCAACGACGGACCGACCCCUGGCACGGUCUCCAAUAUUGCGCCAUGGAUAUUCACCGUAGGAGCAAGCACGAUCGACAGGGAGUUCUAUUCCCUCGUCACUCUCGGCAGCAACAAGAAGAUAAAGGGAGUGAGUCUCUCGCCGAAAUCUCUUCCAGCCCAUAAGCCCUAUCCAUUGAUCGAUGGCUCUAAUGCGAAGCGCCCGAAUUCAUCCGCCGAAGAAGCUGGCUGGUGCUACCCCGGAACACUCGACCCCGAGAAAGUUCGAGGAAAGAUCGUAGUUUGCACGCGCGAUACGUCGUUUGCACGAGUGGAGAAGGGCGUCGACGUCUUGAAGGCCGGCGGGGCGGGGAUGAUCCUCGCUAACAGCGAUGAGGAAGGGAACAGCCUCCUUGCGGAUCCCCACUUCCUCCCUGCUUCAAUGAUUACAUACAAAGAUGCUCUGAGACUGAGUUCCUAUCUGAAAUCUACCAAGUCACCUACCGCUACCAUUUCACCUGUAACUACAGUUCUGGGAGUGAAACCAGCGCCGGCCAUGGCUUCUUUCUCAUCUCGAGGCCCCAAUCUUAUCAAUCCCGAGAUUCUCAAGCCUGAUAUCACUGCGCCAGGGGUGGACAUUCUCGCAGCCUUCACCGAGGAAGUCGGACCUACCAUGCUGGAUUUAGACAAGCGACGUGUCCGAUUCAAUGUCAUGUCCGGCACGUCGAUGUCCUGCCCUCACAUCUCCGGCGUCGCAGGCCUGCUGAAGAAGCUCCAUCCUCGUUGGAGUCCUGCUGUUAUCAGAUCGGCCGUCAUGACAACCGCGAGAACUCGAGACAACACGAGAACGCCAAUGAAGGACGAUAACCGCGAGAAGGCCAUACCGUUCGACUACGGCGCAGGGCAUGUGCGGCCGAACCGCGCCAUGGAUCCCGGGCUGGUGUACGACAUCACCUUCACCGACUACGUGCAUUUCCUGUGCAGCCGCGGGUACAACGCUUCCAACAUGGCGCAAUUCAUCGGCAAGCGCUUCGCCUGCCCGUCGAAGACCAUGAGGGCGGAGGACUUGAACUACCCAUCGAUCACCGUCCCGAACCUCCAGAAGUCCUUCACCGUCUCUCGCACCGUGAGGAACGUCGGCACGCCCGGCACGUACAAUGUGAGGAUCAAGGCUCCCUUCGGCAUCCACGUCUCGGUGAAGCCGCAGACGCUCGAGUUUGCCAAGGUUGGGGAGGAGAAGACGUUCCAAGUCAGGCUGCGGUCGCGUAGCGAGAGUGUCGGUGUAGGGUAUGUCUUUGGUGGCCUGACAUGGACCGACGGUAAGCACUACGUGAGAAGUCCUCUGGUGGUGAAUGCGUUCUCAUGAGGUUAACAUCACUGGGUCGAGAUGAUCCCAUUUUUUAGGAUUUA